GAUCUACUUCCGGUCUGAGAGCCCGCCGUGAAACGUGACGUGACGUGAGUUAAACAAACCGCACGCUCGUGUUGUGUAUCUACCGUUUGUCUGAAUCUUAACGGAUAUAAACGGGGCUCGGAUGUGCCGUUAGUCCGGUUUUGCUUUCGGUCUGGGCGGAGGAGAGUCGGUGAGCAUGGUGAAGUGCGUUGUUUCUGGGUGUCCCAACCGCAUGGUGAACAUUAACCGGGGCAUCUUCAACCGACAACCGAAGAGGUUCUUCAACUUCCCCAAAGACCCGGCGCGGGUCAAGGUGUGGCUGGCAGCGCUGAGGGAGACGGACAAGCAGGACUCGACAGAGCAGCAUUUAAUCUGCGAAGACCACUUCCUGCCGGAGGACGUCUCCGCCAAUGGGGUCACCAGUGACGCCAUUCCCAUCAUGCCCCCUUAUCUGGACGGGCCGCUGGGCCUGAUCAGCCCCUGGGGAGCUGCGUCCUCUGAGGAAGAGGAGCAGUGGGCCACCGGAGGCUGCGAGGAGGAGGAGGAGGAUGCUGUGGAAGAUGAAGGUGGAGGCGAUGCUCCUCCUGCACCAGAUCCACCAACACAGCAGGAUCCAGGCAGAGGUUUGGAAAGUCCUCCAGAGCCUAAGACCAGUGCUACACUGCAACAGAGGAAACAGUCGAUCCAGUCCAAGAAAGCCACCAGACAGGACGUGUCUCUGGGGCUGCUGACUCAGCGUUUCCUGGAGCUGCUGCUGGCGGCUCCGGACGGCUCUCUGGACCUCAGAGAGGUGGCCACGAGCCUGGAGACCCGCAAACGGCGAGUCUACGACAUCACCAACAUCCUGGAGGGCAUCGACCUCAUCCAGAAGGAGUCGGCCAGCAGGAUCAAGUGGAUAGGAAGGUUACCGGUCUCCAGCUUUCUGCGGACGGACCAGCAGAAGUUACAGAGAGAGCUGGAGAACCUGAAGCUGGUGGAGGACACGCUGGACGGCCUCAUCAAAAGCUGCGCCCAGCAGCUCUUCGACAUGACGGACGACGUGGAAAACUCUGCGUCGGCUUACGUGACCCACGAGGACGUCAGCCGGCUCAGAGCCUUCCAGGAGCAGACGGUGAUCGCCGUCAAAGCUCCAGAGGAAACCAAACUGGAGAUUCCUGCACCCAAAGAGGACAGCAUCCAGGUCCACCUGAAGGCGGGGAGGGGUCCCAUCAUGGUGGUGACCUGCGAGGUGGGGUCAGGACACACCACGACCUCUGACCCCGGAAAGAGAAGCGGCUUCUUUUUAACACUGGAGGAGAGCCGGAUCGGGGCGACCACGCUGCACACAGUACACGGUGCCCCAAAUAAAGAUCCUCCAGCCAGCCAGACCUCGGAUGAAUUGUUUGCGUCCCUGGAAGCUGAAUUUGAGGAUGUGCCUGAUGAGCUUGGGGCUAUGUCUGCGUUCAGUGAACACCAGGAGAGCGACACCGACCCCCGUAACCCUGAGGAGAAACCAGGUCAGCAGAACCAAAAACCCGAGAUGGGGAAACCAUGUGGCCCAACAUGUCGGAAGAAGUGCUGGGGCAAAAUAACUGAAGAACGGAGGGAGGCGGUGCAUGCCACGUACUGGAACAUGACCUACCACGGGAAGAAGGCAUUCAUUUUCAGCAGGGUCUCUCAACGCCAGAUUGGACGUCCCACAUCUGCUGGUCCCAGCAGACGCAGCAAAUCGUUAUCUUACCAUCUUACAAAUGGCCUGGGUCAGUCACAAGAGGUGUGCAAGACCUUCUUUCUCACAACUCUGGGAUACCAUCCAAAAAAUGACAGGUUCAUCCAAACAGUCAUCGGGAACAGCUCUCCACCAAGCUCGACACCCCCCAAAGAGCGCUGCCGAAGACAUGCCCCAACCAAUAAAAUUAAUUUGACGCCAAUUUACAAACACAUUGAAUCAGUUUUUCCAACAGGUAGCCAUUAUAGAAGAGAACGUGCCCCCAAUCGGAGACACCUCCCGAGUGAUGUAACUGCGCAGCUGAUGGAGGAGUUUCCGGCAAACAACAAAUGUCCGUACGAAACGUACCGGAAAGCAGUAAAGAACAGCAACAUCAGCUUCGCUGAGCCGGGAGAGGAGCAGUGCCAGCAGUGUCUCCAGCAUGAGCGCCAUGUGAAGGCCAAACACCAGGCCGCCAACCAGGACCCCGGUCCAGACUGCUCCACCUGUAAAAAGUGGGAGGACCACAAGGAGAGAGCGGCAAGAGGGAGGCAUCACUACAAGCUUGAUGCAGAAAAACAACAAAGUGACAACCUGUCCAUCCGCAGCGUGAACCUCCAGAAAGUAAUCCUGUUGCCCCGAAUGCCAGGGGUGAGGACGGCAGUCUUCACCAAACGGAUCUCCGUUUUCCACGAGACCUUUGCCACAGUUGGCAACAAGACCGGAUCAAAGAAAAAGAGUAUCUCCGUGAUCUGGCAUGAGGGGAUAGCUGGGAGGAAGGCAGAGGAGGUGGCGUCUGCCUAUGUAUGUGCUCUGCAAAGGGAGCGCGGCGUCCCUCAUCUUGUCCUGUGGAUGGACAGCUGCACAACAACGAACAAGAAUUGGUGCCUCCUGACGACGCUCGCCAGCGUGGUGAACCACAAGUCCAACUCCACCGAAGACGUCACGCUCAAAUAUUUUGAACCAGGGCACACCGUCGUGAGUGCUGACAGUUUUCAUCACGGGGUGGAGCAAGAGAUGAAGAGGCGGCCUGGGGGUGUUGUCCUUGAUUUCCAGGACUUCAGUAGUGUAAUUGCGUCCUCUGACUCUGGAAAAGUGGACGUGGUGGAACUGCAAAAUGAGGACAUCCGGGCAUGGAAAGCAGGGCACUCCAUGACGAAGCUGAAGAACGCGCCUCAUCUGGCAGAGAUGGCAGAGAUCCAGUUCAGGAGAGGAUCCAGGCGGAUGUGGGUGAAACUCUCCCACGAUCAGGAGGAAUUCACACCACUCGACUUCCUCAUGAAGAAGACCUCUCUGGACAUCCCUGAGCAGCUCCGGCCUGCGGUGAAGGGGGUCGGGAGGCAGAAGAAGGCCGACAUCCUGACAAAACUCUGCCCGCUGAUGCCACCGUACCGCCGGGUGUUUUGGGAAAGUCUUGCCGAAAGUGCUGCAGAUGAAGAGUGAGCUGAACGUCCGUCAAACGUCUGACAUGAAGUGGGACUAGUCUUCAGGUCCACAGAGUGUGUAGCCACCAGCCGGCCACCAGGAGGCGCCAGCUGUCCUCGGGGCUCAGACACAAACCUGGAAACAUGACGAGAAGCCGGAUUAGAUCGUCUGCAGGUACCAACAGGUCGCUCAGCG